GGAGCAUAUAUCGAAAUCAACUCGUACUUGUCGGCUAACUGUCGUGUAAAACACUGGAAGUUAAGGAAAUUCAUCUGUACAACCCCGGCACUAUCGAAGUAGAUGUGAAACUGCGAAAAUCGUUUUAUUCGGCACUAUAUUACACAGUCGGUUUGACGGUUUUGAAAAAAAUUGUAAGAUCACUUCUAAUUGGCAUUGGAUGUUGAUUCCGUAGAAAGAAUUUAUUUCAUGUUUUCGAUAUACAAACGACGCGAUUAAAUAUAAACAAUUUGUUGAGAGUGGAAACGGGCGUUGUGCUGUAUGUAUAUUUUCCAGUUCGAAAUUGAAACCAAUCGCCCAGUGAAAUAAUUUUCGAUGUUAAACGUUAAUUUUUAUCGUUCAUAAAAGUAACACACGGUUCUUGGGUCGGUGAAAAGCGCAUUAUUUCAGUAAACCGUGGAACAGGGACUACCGUUUGCUGAACUGAAUUUUUUGUGAUUUCAAAUUUUUUUUGGAGAAAACUUUGUGUUUUUUUGUAUUAAAUUAAAGAAACUCCAGCAAUGGCCGAUAAAAAAGUUGCAGAACAAUACUAUACACGACCACCGAAACUAAGUGGUUGGGAAAGUUUUAAGCAAUUCCUUUGGAAUGGAGAGACUAGCCAAUUUAUGGGCCGAACGGCUGGUAGUUGGGCGAAAAUCCUUCUGUUUUACCUUAUUUUCUAUGCUGCGUUAGCCGGCUUCUUUGCCGGUUUAUUGACGAUAUUUUGGCAAACAUUAGACACCGACAAACCCAAGUGGCAACUAGACAAUAGUUUGAUCGGAACGAAUCCAGGAUUAGGAUUCCGACCAAUGCCUCCAGAGGCUAAACUUGGCAGUACUCUCAUUUGGUACAAAGCGUCAAGUCCAUCAAACAUGGAGUACUGGUUCAAGUCUGUUGAUACAUUUUUAGAAGAUUACAAGAAGACUAUCAAUACAGACACCCAAAUUCACUGUGAUCACAAUACACAAAAGCAAGACGGAAAAGCUUGCAUAUUUUCUGCUGAAUCACUUGGUAACUGCUCGCCGGAAAAGACGAAAGGAAAAUAUGGUUAUCCCGAACGAAGACCGUGUGUGUUCUUAAAAUUAAAUAAGAUUUAUAAUUGGAAACCGGACGUAUACAAUACUACAGAGAAUCUACCCGCGAAAAUGCCAGCUUACAUCAAACAAUCAAUUUCCGGCGAACAGCUGAAGCCAAAAGAUAAAAAUCUCGUUUGGAUUUCCUGCGAAGGUGAAAAUCCAGCCGACAUUGAGAAUCUAGGUGGCAUCAACUAUUUCCCACAACGAGGAUUCCCGGACUACUUUUUCCCAUACAAUAAUGUGCCAGGGUAUUUACCACCAUUAGUGGCUGUUCAGUUCGAUCACCCGAAAUCCGGUGUACUAAUCAACAUUGAAUGCAAAGCAUGGGCCAAGAAUAUUGCCCAUGAUCGUGCCGAGCGGAGAGGUUCCGUCCAUUUCGAAUUAAUGAUUGAUUAAGUGAUUUCGCACUUAAACAACACAUUUUUUGUUAGUCAUUCCAAAACAAAAUGCAUUAACCAAUAUUAUAUGGAAAUAUGAACGUGUAUCAUAUUUAUUAUAUACAAGAACAACAACAAGAACAAGAGAACAAACAAUUUUCAUUUACAAAUACUAACACAGCUGAUUUUUAGUUACAAAGAAAAUACAAAAAACGAUAAAAGGAAAGUAAGGACAGGUUAAAAAAGGAAAGAAAAAAAAAUUGAAAAAUCAUGAAAGUUAAAAUCGAUAAAUUGAAUAUUAUUCUUUUAAAUAAUAAUGUUCACCACACAACAACAACAACAAAAAAGUAAAUUUUAUUAAGACAAAUGAAAGAAAACAAAACUGAUCGAUUCCGUUACAAAUUGGAGGAACAAGCAGAAAAGGAAAAAAAUUUCUAAUUUUAAAAUUCGUUAUUUUUUCAAAUUUGUUUUUAAUUUGAAACGAUAAAAAAACGAUAAAAUGAUGAAAAAAAAACUUUAAGAAGAAGAAAGAAAUAUAUAAGAAGAAAAAUCUGUAUUAUUUUGUUACAGUGGUGUGUGUGCGUGAUGUUUGAAUGAAUUUAUCUGAAAAUAUAUCUGGCAAACAACAAAACACAAAAAAAAUUGUAGACAAAUUAUAUUUACAAAUUUCAAAUGAAAAAAGAAACCAAAUCCAUUCACCCAUGCUUGGACCCAUGGAUUGAAAACGACGAAAAUGAAAAUAUUUUAAAAAUAUUUUCAUUUGCCAAUUUUCAAUCAACACAAAAAACGAAAAAAAGCUUCUUCUUGUGCAAUUUACUUAAAUUAUAACAAAUUAUUUUCGUUUUCCGCUUAGUUUAUGGUAUGGAUUGCAAAAUCGAAUUGACUAAAGAAAAGACGAGAAAAUGGGCCGGUUUCGAACGGUUGAAACGGUAUAAAAUUUACGGAUAAAUUGUGAUAGAGCUGUUUAAAAAAAAUGACGAGACAUUCUUAUCUCUUAACUCAUGGCCUCAUUUCAUUCAUUAUGUUAGUUCCAAUUCUCUCUCUUUACAAUAUAGAUUCCAUUCACUGGCCCAUAUAAUAGAGUUCGUUAUAUAACGUUUCUGGUUGCAAUUUCUAUCGGAGAUGAAGUGCAAUCAAAUUGAUUUUCUUUAGGUUGCUUAAACUACCCCCGUAGACCGAUUUUUUUUAUUUGAAAAAUCCUUCGUUUCGUUACCCUUCGACGCAGUAUAGCUGAUGAAAAUUUAAUAAUAAAAA